AUGGAGUCUUCAAACGACAAUCCCAACACUAUUGUCGAAUGCAAGUGCAACCAAAGGGGCAGAACGACAGUUUUUGAGGUCGCCGCGCAAGGCACUCUAGACGACCUUCAUAAAUACCUUGAAACUGGAUGGCAGCAUUUCCUUCAACAACAAGAACAUGCUGCCAAUGAGUUGCCACCCUGUCUAUUGGAUGCAGGGCAUUCAACAUACUGGUCGAAAAGAAAAGACGAAUUCUGCAACCAAACAAAUUGCGUUUACAGUCCCAACUACGCCACAUCAUGGCACCCUCUCCCAGAUUGCUACAGUGCUCUGAUAGCAGCGAUUCGAGCCCGGUCGGCGGAAAAGGUUGAACUUCUGCUGAAACUUGGAGCGAACCCAGACGGGUACCAAACCUCGGCAUUUGAAACCUGGCAGGCGCUGUUUCUUCGCUUCCGAGCAAAAGUCGACCUCAAUAAUCUAUGGGAUGAUUACCAGAGAACCGAAAUUCUAGCUGAUAUUCCGACACAGCAGACGGUUCCUGUUACCGAAGCAGAAGUGGGGUCGCGACACUUGAUAGAAUUCUGGAAGGGAGAAACAGAAUCGUCCCUUUGCGACGAGUAUCCAAAUUUUGGACAUCCCCUGGUUAUUGCAGCUGGAUCGGGACUAAUCACAAUCAUGGAACAACUUCUUGCUACAGACGUGGAUACCUCGUUUUGGACGGCGUUUCCCGCGCUGAGGAACAUACCGGAGCCACCGACACCCUCCUCUCUGGCCCUCUCCUCUCCAAUUCAUGCGGCAAUCUCAAGCGCCACUCAGAGCAUAGAGACAAUUCAGCAUCUAAUUCAAGGUGGCUUCAACCCAAACGUUCUUCCGCUUGGGGACGUAUGUACCAGCAUCACUCCUCUGAUGGCAACUUUCCUUCAGUGUGAACCUUGGAAUGAAAUGGCGUACGAGGUCUUGGCGAAUGACCCUCGUAUCGAUUUCAUCAUCCGCACCCCAUACCUCCUUGUCAACAUAUUGCACGUGGCGACAGCUUAUUCCCUGCAGGCUCUGCAACGUGUCGAGCAGAGUAUUCCCCUCGAGGCUGCUGGUGCAACCGCUGCAGGGCACACACUUCUUCAUAUCGCGUGUAUGUCGUCCAUGAUACAGCACCACGCAUCCAAAACGCGUGAAUCUAUUCAUAAUCUCCGGUGCAAGGCUAAAGGUUCCUCCUCGAUACAGCAGUGCGAGUUGGAAUUCCCGGCUCAAAUGGAGAUGUUAGGUUAUCUCCUGUCCUCGGGAUUUGAACCGUAUAUUGGAUUCCAGGACUCGGACUUGAAUACUCCACUGCAUUAUCUGGCUGGGGCUCGUGUUAUCAAUGAAAAUGCAAUCACAUUGCUUCGUGGGCUGUCGGAUGGUGAAAGGGUAUGGCGGGAGGUGAAAAACUGGUAUGGGUAUACUGCCGAGGAGAUAUGGGAACAGAAUCGUCGCAUCAGAACGCAAAAGGACGACUGGUAUGGAGGGACAACACGCAAGGUGGCAAAGAUACCACCCGGCUACGAACUAUAG